AACACCACCCAGCUCCAUCGUUCUUCAAGUAGUCAUCCAACUUCUCAAUGUGAUUUUAAACAGCCGCAGGUUGUUGCGCAAGCGCAGCCCAUUGAGAGUGCAUGAAUGCGGAGAGGGGAGAGCACUGGGAGGAUUGGGAAGAGGACUUGGAGGAUUGGGAAGAGGACUGGGACUGUGCGGACCCGGGAAGGCGGACAUGGACGGUCAGAUGUGUUCCGGGCCGCGCCAGGGAAAGACCAAGGUCCCGGACCGUGUGACCCUGAAGAAGGAGAUUGGACUGCUGAGUGCUUGCACUAUCAUCAUAGGGAACAUCAUUGGCUCAGGCAUCUUCAUCUCCCCCAAAGGUGUCCUGGAGCAUUCGGGCUCGGUGGGCCUGGCCCUCCUUGUCUGGCUGCUGGGAGGAUGCAUCGCUGCCCUGGGCUCCUUAUGCUACGCCGAACUGGGCGUCACUAUCCCCAAGUCAGGCGGCGACUACGCCUACGUGACUGAAAUAUUUGGUGGUCUCAUGGGGUUCCUGCUGCUGUGGAGCGCCGUGCUCAUCAUGUACCCCACCACACUGGCCGUCAUCGCUCUCACCUUUUCCAGCUACGUCCUGCAGCCCGUCUUUCCCGAGUGUGCGCCUCCUUACGUGGCCACACGCAUGCUGUCGGCCACCUGCCUCUUGCUGCUGACGUGGGUGAACUGCUCCAGUGUACGCAUGGCCACCCGGAUCCAGGACAUCUUCACCGUGGGCAAGCUGAUGGCCCUGGGCCUCAUCAUUGUGGUGGGCCUGGUCCAGGUCUUCAACGGUAAAAGGUCCUCUUCUUCCUACUGGAGGCUAAACAGGGAGCUCACGUUGUCAUUCUUCUUCUCCACCUUUGCAGGGAACUUUGAGGCGCUGAACCCACAGGUGGUUUUCUCCCUGGACAGGACCCCCUCCGUGGGUCAGAUGGCUCUGGCCUUCCUGCAGGCCUCCUUCGCCUUCAGCGGCUGGAACUUCCUCAACUACGUGACAGAGGAGGUGGUGGAGCCCAGAAGGAAUCUACCUCGCGCCAUCUACAUCUCCAUCCCUCUGGUGACUUUGGUGUACACGCUGACCAACCUGGCCUACUUCUCGUCCAUGUCUCCUGAGGAACUGCUCUCCUCCAAUGCUGUGGCUGUGACAUUUGGUGAGAAGCUGCUGGGAAUGUUCUCCGUCGUCAUGCCCAUCUCCGUGGCUCUGUCCACCUUCGGAGGCAUCAACGGCUACCUGUUCACUUCCUCCAGGUUGUGUUUCUCCGGCGCCAGGGAGGGUCAUCUCCCCAGCCUCCUGGCCAUGAUCCACGUCAAAAAGUGCACACCUAUCCCCGCCCUGCUGGUCUGCUGCACGGCAGCCACGGUGAUCCUUUGCAUCGGCGAGACGCACAACCUUAUCAACUACGUGUCCUUCAUCAACUACCUGUCAUACGGCGUCACCAUCGCGGGCCUGCUCUUCUACCGCUGGAGGAAACCCGCUCUGUAUCGGCCCAUCAAGGUCAGGCUGCUGGUACCCGUGUGCUACCUGAUGUUCUGGGCGCUGCUGCUGGGUUUCAGUCUCUACUCGGAACCGCUGGUGUGUGGCGUGGGCCUGGUCAUUAUGCUCACCGGUGUGCCCGUCUACUUCUUGGGGGUCCACUGGAAAAGGAAACCAAAGUGUGUCGAUAAGUUAAUUGAGACCGUGACCUACGUGGGCCAGAGGCUGUGUUUUGUGGUCUUUCCUCAGUUUGACCCCAUCGAGGUGGUCGACCCUUCAGAGUGGACUGAGCCAUCCGACAGGAGCAGUUUGUCUGCUAGCUCUUAAAAGUCAAACUGGGCACAUCUUUGGUUAUGUUCUGUUCACUUCUGCUGUGAGAGAAUCCUGUGUGGCCUUUGACAUUUUUGGACUUGUGAACAGGACGCACUGACUUUUUUUUUCUUCUCAAAAGUGCUUGACUACAACUUGUUAGUGUCACCACUGUCUCCUCUGCAGCAUCCAACAAGCAUAAAAACAUCACUUCCUCUUAAGCCAGUAAUAUUUGCUAAGUAUUUGUAGGCUAAGGUAGCCUGCUAAGUUAGGCAAAAUGUAUUUGACAUGUUGCUCACUAACUGACUGACUAGUUUAGACUGUAGGACAUGUUUUAAAAAAAGUGCCUUUUCUAUGACAUGCAACCUGUAAAUAUUUGACAAGCACUUUGGUCCUCGGUGGUCCAACUCAUCACCAGUCAGAACCAAGUAGGACUGUGUUUUGAAAGUAAUUUCUUCAUCUAAAGAGCUAAAGAUGGUCGUUUUACAUUUUGGUGUCUUCAUGUUUCCUUUUUCACUGUAAAUUAUUUGUAAAGUUUUCACAGAGGAGUGUAUUUAGAGAGGAUCUUUGCUGAAAGUAACUAUAGCAGCACAAUAAAUAAAUA